CGGUCUGAGCUCCACGGGUUUAGACUAGUUUUCUUUUCCGGAGAAACCUAGUUCAUCGCGGCCGGACCGGGGUCCUCCGAUCAAUUAAUCGCACGCGGUCGGUACCGAGCGUUUCGUACCGCGGCUGCUUCGACUGAACUCGGAGAAAGGACUUGGAGUUUCGAGAUUUUAGCUCCUAAGAAAAUCUUUCCUCAUGGCUGACAACGGCAAUGUGAUAUUUCGCCAGCAGCUACUAUCAGUUGAUGAAAACUUAGGGAAGGAAGAUGUAGAAGAUCUGAAAUUUCUCUGUUCUGAUUUCAUCCCAUUAAAGAAGCUGGAAACAGUGACAUCAGCCCAGGAUAUUUUCCAGUUGCUCAUCAAUAAAGACUUGGUGAACAGGGAUGAUACUUUUCUCAUAGCAGAGCUUCUCUACAUGAUUAAGUGUAACUUUCUGCUCCAGAAACUUGGUUAUACCAAAGAGAUUGUUCAAGAACAUCAGCCUAAAAGAGGAAAGGUAUCUGGAUAUCGACAGAUGCUGUAUGAAAUAGCAGAAGAGCUCACAAAGGAUCAGGUGAAAAGUGCCGCUUUUCUUCUGAAGGACCAUCUCCCAAAGAAGCAGUCUACUAUGUCGGCUCUGGAGUUGCUGACUUCCCUGGAGAAGAAAAGCCUUCUAAAGGAGUCUGACCUGAGUAUUCUUGAAGAAAUCUGCCAGAGGAUAGCACCUCACCUCCUGAAGAAAGUAGUGACGUACAGACAAACAAAAGGAAUCAAAGAAAUUGUGCCCUCUUCUGUUCGUGGCUUUAACAAACCAACUUUUGGAAUCACUUUACUCCAGGAUCCCGUUCAGCCAAAGAAUCAUGAAUUUGGGAGCCUGGAAGAGCAUGUUGGAAGUUUUCAUUCUUUAGCUGUAAAUCAAGCUGUCAAGGCAGAACCUGUAUCUGAUCCCUCAGGACGGAGCUUACAACAAACUGUCGGGAACGAUGAAUCAAAUGCUGCAACAGAGAGGUCAUCUCAGUAUAAAAUGGAUGGGCGGUGCAAAGGAUAUUGCCUCAUUAUUAAUAAUGUCAAUUUUGAGGGUGGUCUCAGAAGAAGGAGUGGAUCUGAGAAAGAUGCCAGUAAGUGGCUUAAAGCAAUGCUUAUACUGGG